AUGAACUGGACUGAACUGUCCGAACUAUCCGAACUGUCCGAACUAUCCGAACUGUCCGAACUGUCCGAACUGUCCGAACUGACUGAACUGUCCGAACUGACUGAACUGUCCGAACUGACUGAACUAUGGCUGAUUGGCUGGACUAGCUGGCUGGCUGCUGGCUGGCUAAACUGA